AUGGCCAAGUUUCAGUGGAUUUACUAUAUCACCGUCCUCUGUGCUGCCUCCGCGUAUGCAAGCAUUGGACCUGUUGCCGACUUGACCAUUUAUAACGCCGACAUCGCCCCAGAUGGCUUUACUCGUGCUGCCAUUGUGGUGAACGGUGUCUUCCCUGGACCGCUCAUCACUGGCAACAGGGGUGAUCGCUUCCAACUCAAUGUCAUAGACAAGCUGACGAACCAUACGAUGCUGAAGUCCACUAGUAUCCACUGGCACGGUUUCUUCCAGAAAGGCACAAAUUGGGCAGAUGGCCCUGCCUUCGUGAACCAAUGCCCGAUUUCUAGUGGUAACUCGUUCCUGUACGACUUUCAUGUGCCCGAUCAGGCUGGGACCUUCUGGUACCACAGUCAUCUGUCUACGCAAUACUGCGAUGGUCUGAGAGGUCCCUUCGUCGUAUAUGAUCCUCUUGACCCUCUUCGCCUGCUAUAUGAUGUUGACGACGCCUCCACCGUCAUCACCAUUGCGGACUGGUACCACGUUGCCGCCAGACUUGGACCCCGCUUCCCGUUCGGUUCUGAUGCUACCCUUAUCAAUGGUCUUGGCCGGAGCCCCAGCACGCCGACCGCUGAUCUCGCCGUGAUCCCGGUCUCGCAUGGCAAGCGCUAUCGCUUCCGCCUUGUGUCUCUGUCCUGCGAUCCGAACUACGUCUUCAGCAUUGACAAUCACGAUCUAUCUGUCAUCGAAGUUGAUGGCAUCGAGACUGAUCCGGUCACGGUCAACGCCAUUCAGAUAUUCGCUGCUCAACGCUAUUCGUUUAUUCUUACAGCGAACCAGACCGUGGACAAUUACUGGAUCCGGGCCAACCCGAAUUUCGGUAAUGUGGGCUUCGCAGAUGGCAUCAACUCGGCCAUCCUACGCUAUCAAGGGGCCGCAACAGUAGAGCCUACGACGUCCCAGCAGUCGACUGAGGACCUCCUUGACGAGGUUGAUCUCCACCCUCUCAUCCCGAGAAUAACACCUGGUCUCCCUUUCCAGGGAGGUGUCGACAAAGCUAUCAAUUUGGCCUUCAACUUCAACGGCACCAAUUUCUUCAUUAACAACGCUACCUUCGUGCCUCCCACUGUCCCUGUCCUGCUUCAGAUCAUCAGCGGGGCGCAGUCUGCCACGGACCUCCUGCCAGCCGGCAGUGUCUACGAACUUCCUAGGGACGCAUCCAUUGAACUCACUUUACCCGCCACGUUGAACGCCCCUGGUGCUCCCCAUCCCUUUCACCUCCACGGCCAUGCCUUCGCCGUGGUGCGCAGUGCGGGCUCACAGAAGUACAACUACAUUGACCCCGUCUGGCGCGACGUCGUGUCAACCGGCACGCCCGCAGCUAACGACAGUGUCACCAUUCGCUUUCAGACGGACAACCCUGGCCCUUGGUUCCUCCAUUGUCAUAUCGACUUCCACCUCGACGCUGGCUUCGCCGUCGUCUUUGCAGAGGACGUCUCCGAUAUUAAGGCCGCCAACCCCGUGCCAAAGUCGUGGUCAGACCUCUGCCCGACAUACGAUGCUCUCUCGUCUGACGAUCAGUGA